AUGAUUGAGUUUACUUCCAAAACUACUUGUAAAUUUUUUUUAAGUAGCACAUCAAUAGAUCAUUGGAUUGCAGAGAAAAAACCAUGGGAUCGAAAGUUUGUUCCCUCAGAACAUUUAGUAUGGGUUGAUGUUGAAGGACUUCCUAUUUUCGCUUGGAGCAAAGAUUUAUUCAGAAAAAUUCUCUCUAGAUGGGGAAUAAUUGCCCAGCUUCAUGAUGAUCUGGGAGAAGAUAUCUACAAGAACAGGAUCUGCAUUCUAACUUCUAUCAAAACUAUAAUUUUAGAGGUAAUCAAAGUUUGUGUUGAUAAGAUUAUAUAUUGGAUAAGAGUAAAAGAAGCUCCUGGGUGGACUCCCUCCUUUGUUCAUGAUUUUCCUGCUCCAAAACUAGAUAACAGUAAUAUACAAAGCAGUGAACACAAUGAUAAACAUCUUCAAUAUGCCGAGAGGAAUGAAGAAGUAUCAUCAGACCUGUUCAGAAUUUAUGAUGCUACUAAAAAGAUGAAAGUAGACGAAGCCAAUAAUGAUAUUCAAAAAGAAAAUGUCCAUUACCAUUAUACCGCCAAUUGUUGUGCCUCCAGCUCACCUGUUACAUCGCAAAUAAAUUCUUCUGCUGCCCCUGGAACGGAUGCCACUUGCCCAGCUGUCAUCGAUAAUGCUCAAGUCUCGCCUGAAGUUGCUGCUCCUGUUGUCAAUCCGCAAACAUCCCAUGCUGUUUUUCCCAACAUCACAACAGCUCCUGCUGUGAAUUCCGAGACCAAUUCAGUUCACAGUGUUCACUCCGGGUCACAAAAAAAUGAAAUAGGAACUUUACAUAAGCAAGCUCCUGUUGGUUUUUCCGGAGGAUUUAUUCAGUACUUCUUUUAA